AUGAAUAAACUGUCAUCAUCAUCAGCAUUGGCAACACAAUCAAUACCGAAAAAAUGUAAAACGAAAAAUCGAUGUAAUAAAUUAUCCAAGUCAGAUGAUGCACCAAACCAUGUAUUGAAAAAGGAUUUAAAUAAAACUAGUGUACAUCACAACAAAUUGCAAAAAAAACAAGUUAAAGAUAUUAUUCGUGUUUGUCCAAAUGAAAAAUAUUAUAAAACAACAGCUACAACAAAAUAUGUAAAAUCAAAUGAAAUAUCAACAUUAGAAUCAAGUCUACCAAAUGAAUUGUAUGAUUUUAUUUUUCUCUAUUUAAAAUCUCGUGAUAUUAUUUAUUCAUUUUUCAAUUUAAAUGAUCAUUUUAAUAAUCUUAUUUAUCCAUUUUUCUGCGCAAUAGAUUUAUCCAAUGUCGAUGAAUGUACGUUGAGCAAGUAUUGUCAAACAAUUUUACCAAAAAUUCAUCAUCAUAUCAAAGCAAUUAAAGUUGAUCAUAAAAAUAUUGACUCUGUUUUUCCAUUAUGGUUAUAUUCUAAAAUAUAUCCGAAUCUUGAAUCAGUUUUUAUAACGCAAGUUGAAAAGGAUGGUAAAGAUUUAUCCUAUUUAAAAUUCUUUAAACAAUUAUUAAAUUUAAAAAUUUAUUUUGGUGAAGGAGAAUAUAAUGAAACUGUAUCAAAUGAAUUAUGUUCAAAUCUAUUUCAAUCUGAUUGUCGACUACAAACAUUAUUUUUUGAUAAUGUUUAUGUACCCAUCAAUACUCAUACCAUUCAACGAUGUUUUUCUAUUAGAAAGUUAACAAUAAAAGUACAUUGCUUAGAUAAUGUAUAUGUUCUGUUAAACAAUUUACCUUCAAUCGAAUCUAUAAAUAUUAGUAUAGCACAUCGAACAUAG